GUGGUGGUGCCAAUGGUGGUGUAAGUUGGCAGCAAUAGAGGGUGGUGGUGAUGGUGACUUAUACGUCGCAACCUUAUCAUGUCUUAUCCAUCACUCACAUGAUGGAUUAAAUAAUACGUCAUUUUAACGUAUAAGGGGACUUUGAUGGAUAAGCUUAUACAAUACAAUGUCAUCACCAAACAAUGGAUAAACUCAUAAUGUAUUGUAUAAGCUUAUACUAUCAUGCCUAAUACGGCGUGCCAAACGAGCCCUAAAAGUGUUAUAAUAUUACUAUAUUGCUAAUAUUUUAGGCAUAAAUUAGCCUUGAAUACAUAAGACAUCGGAAGAGGAGCACACACGCACCUAUUUCCAAUUCAUGUCCUGGAGUCUAAGUGUUGGCACCUGGGAGAACAGACAAAGGACGAGUCAAUUGUAUACACGAUAGCAGACAACUCGAAACGUGAGCGUUACACGUAAGCUAAGUUUUCCACGCGGCGGCUUUCACCUCUAAACUCACCCUCCUCAGCCUCCACCUCCACCAUCAUCACUACCAUAUCACAACACAACCCCCUUUGCAUUUCUUUAAUUUUCACUCUCACCUUGCAGCUAGCAAUGACCACUACUACCACAACUUCACUCCCCUUCUCCCAAUUCUACGACUUAUGGUUCGACCACCUCAACCGCCUUGUCCAGCAGCUGGCCACCACUACUACCACCGAUGGGCCGGACAAGGACCACCUCCUCAACCUCAUCAACAAGGUGAUGUCCCACUAUGAAGACUUGUACCGGGCUAAGUCGGUGGCGGCGGAGAAGGACCCACUCCAUGUUCUGACGUGUCCCUGGGCUACUACUCUCGAACGCUCGCUUCAUUGGAUCACUGGUUGGCGCCCCACCACCGCUUUCCACCUCAUCUACACUGAAUCUUCCCUCCUUUUUGAGUCUCACAUCAUCGACAUCCUCCGCGGCCUCCACACCGGCGACCUCCGUGAUCUCUCCCCCGUUCAGUUCCGCCGAGUCAGCGAGUUGCAAUGUGACACAGUAAAGGAAGAAAAUGCAAUAACGGAGGAGCUGUCAGAAUGGCAAGACAGUGCGAACGAGAUCAUGGCUCAAUGUACGGAUAUCAAUGAGAAGAUCGGACGGCUAGUGAGCAUCAUAAAAAAAGCUGAUGAUCUACGGCUGAGGACGUUGAGGAGCGUAGUGGGGUUGCUGUCGCCGCAGCAGGCUAUUGAGUUCCUAAUUGCCUCGGCAGAGAUGCUCGUUGGAAUCCGCGGUUGGGGAUUAAAUCAUGACCGUACACGUCGCAGGUAGUGAUGGAAUUGAAUUUCUCUCCACAUAUUGUUUGAAACUUCAUAAAGAAACUAGUAUAGGAGCUGGUGGUGACCUCCAAAUGAUUGAGAAUGUCAAUUACUACUAUUGUUAAUGUUAUCGCUCAUUGAUCUACUAAGAAUUAAGUUACACUACAUGCCCCUAAAGUAUCAAUAGACUCCUUUUGAUUCAUAAAUUUUGGUAGCGUUAUUCUAAAUAGAUAGCAGUAAAUAGA